AUGGAAUUCAUUAAUCUUGUAUUAUAUUUCGAUGAUAUGCUCUCUAAUGUUCAACCUAGAUCUCAACCAGCCGUAAUUUCCUUGAUUAAGAUGAGUGUAAGGGUCCAUAAUAAAAAGCCACCCUCUCCUUCUCCCAAUGUAUUCAAAGUAGCAGCAAUCAUUCCUUGCAGGAAGCAUAACACCAUCAAUCGCAUUACACGGUGCUACCUGCAACCACCCAACCAGCCAUCAUUGUAUGAUUCAUAUGGCCUAAGCUGUGAGAAUCCACUCACAAAAACUCUGUUUGGUUCAGUUUGUGGCUAUGUACUUCUCAUGAGUUUCUUACUUUUACUUGAUCCACCUCCUUUGCUUGUUUAUCAGGUAAUUAAUGAGUUAGAGAUUGAACUUGCAUCUGGAACAUAUUUGAAGCAAAUCCAGAAAGUUCCUCUAAGUAGGAGUCUUUUUGGUGAUUACAUGGUCUUCAACACUACUUAUCCAGAAGUUAUGCAGGUCUCCCAUUCAAUGUCAACUUUAACGGCAGCAACAAGAAGGAUGAGAUGA